GACUCAGCGUCGCAUAUAGUGCAAAACCAGGCGAAGAGCACUUGCGAGAUUUUUCAAACCCUUUUUCACUCUUCGCUGAGAAAUCGGUAAAGAUCAAAUCCCAGAAAUUUUCCCUUCUUCCAACUUCAAAUAAUGUCGGGCGUUACCAAUCAAGAAGAAGACAAGAAGCCUACUGAUCAAUCGGCUCAUAUCAACCUCAAAGUCAAGGGCCAGGAUGGGAAUGAAGUUUUCUUCCGGAUCAAAAGGAGUACCCAACUGAAGAAGCUAAUGAAUGCUUACUGUGACAGGCAGUCGGUUGAUUUGAACUCCAUUGCAUUCUUGUUUGACGGCCGCCGACUGCGUGCAGAGCAGACUCCGGAAGAGCUGGAAAUGGAGGAUGGAGAUGAGAUCGAUGCAAUGCUUCAUCAGACUGGAGGUGGAGGUGCUGUUAUCUAAGUUAAUCUCAGACAAUAUAGUUCCUAAAACAUCAUUUGGAAUUCUAUAGUUCUCUUACUACUGCUAGUAUAUGCUGAACUUCUGCUGCUGGAUGUUGUCUAUAAAUUACGAUUACGAUUUCUGCAUCUUCCAUUUCUCUAGAAGAGAGAGACUUUGUUGGACUUCUUUAUAUAUGUAAAUGCUGUUGAUGUCGAUUCCUGCUGUUUCAUUUUUCUGAGUACAUCCUGAAGUUACAAUGUGAUUAUGUUUGGCUUGUGAAUCUUUCUUCCUGGGACAUGAAACUUUUCAAAAGGUAAAAUAACAGUACUUGUGAAGGAAGCUUCAAAUAUGUACAGGGUUUCACCAAGAAGGCUUCAAUGUUUUUCUGUUCAGAGAUGGACAUUGUUUUUCAAAGCAGUACAAGGUCGCAUCCACCGCCCUGAUGUUCUAAGAGGUUCGAAAAUCAUGGAGGAAACGAAGGUUUUGCUAUAGGUCAGUUGUUUUCUGUCUCAUAAUCAAUCUGAAGAUGGUACUACUUAGUGCUUUGUUUUAAUGAAUAAACAACUGAAAAAUAUUGAUCAAGAAAGCUCUUUGCUUUGCUAUUUGAAUUACGAAAUGAUUCCAUAUCUCUUGGAGAAGCACAAGAAUCUUCUUCAACUUGUGAAACUCUUUGAAGAUUAACAAUUUUAAUCAGGAUGGGAUUGGAAA